ACAGAAUAUGAGAGUAGAAUGAGGUGGCUGUUAUACGGAUUUGUUGUCUUUUGGAUCGUAUCUCUGAUCGACAUCAUAGAUAGUUCACGCUACAGGCCAAAUGGCGCUUGUUUGGUCAAGAACAAGUACAAACACGAGCGCAGCUGCUCGGGACCACGUCGCAAGUUCUAUGUGUUCCAUCGCAUCAUUUUGAACUGCGUCUCGGUGUUUACCAAGUGCAAGCGCAUCCACAAGCACAACGAGUGGCCCUCGCUCAAGAACUGCCAAUACGAAUGCGGCUGGCACAUGAAACUCCAUUUGCCCAAAAAUGCCACCAAUAGCACCAACAGCACCAACAGCACCAACUCGACUAGCGUCAGCUCAACCACAGCCGCAACUAGCAGUACUGAUGCCACAACCAAAGACGACGCUGCUGGCGGCGGCGAUGCGGGCGGUGGUGCGGGCGGCGGCGCUGGAGCGCCAGCAGAAUAAGCCAGUUGAACCGUUCGUCCUUCUUUGCUACUUGUCAAUUAUAAAUUGAUAUAUGUACAUAUAUAUAUGUGUGCUUAGUUACACAUAUACAAUAAAAAACGGGUUGGAG